AUGCUCCCCCGAGCCCUCGCCGUCGCCGUCGCCGUCGCCCUCGUCGGCCCCGUCCUCGCCCAGCUGUCGUGCUCAAACUACGGCGUCGCCCUCCCCAACGGCACCUGCCAGUGCCCGAGCGGCCUCUCGCCCUCGACCGCCUGCACCGCCCCAACGUGCGACAACCCGCUCGUCCCGCCGGACAACCGCCAGCUCUUCUCGGCCGUCCUGUCGGGCAACAGCACCGCCGGGUGCGGCCGACAGUGCUCGGACGGCUUCGAGGGCCCGACCUGCGGCGUCUGCACCUCCGACUCGGCGUGCUCGACCGCGCUUCAAGCCCUCAACGGUGCAGCAUCGUCGUCGUCGUCGGGCCUGACCCUCACCAACGGGCUCGGCAACCCCGUCUGCUCUCGAGGGCCGUGGACCUGGACUGAAGGAUUCGGCACCUGCGACGUCGUCAACCCGACCCUCCAGUCCGCCUUUGCCGGCUCGACCUUCCUCACCUUCUCCAAAACGGUCGAGCCGUCCGAGACGCUGUCGAUCCCGUUCGGCGCCAACGGCACCUUGACGGCCCAGCUGUGGUACGCUCCGUCGACGGGCAACACGACGCUCGCCGAGCAGUUCUACUGCGCCGCGUCGAGCUGCACCCAGGCCAACUCGUCGAGCACGACCGCGUCCGACGUCGACUACACGUGCGCGACCCUGGCGUGCACCUGCAUCCCGGGUACGGCUUUUUGCGGCGCUCCAGGCGCCCAGAUCGACCUCUCGUCGACCAUCAACGACCUCGAGGGCCCGCUCAGCAUCACGUGCGACAGCGCGACCGGCGCCCAGUGCUCGUUCAAGCAGGGCGUCCUCCAGACCCUCUUUGGCGCGAGCGGCCUCGGCCUGUCGGCCUGUCGGUGGGGCGAGUGCGUCCUCCCCGGCACGAUCGACCGCCUCGCGGCGAGCCUCGCCGGGUCGGCGGCGUCGUCGUCCGGCGGCGGCGACGGCCCGAGCGGCGGCGUCAUUGCCGGGCUCGCCGUCCUCGGCGCACUCGUCGUCGCGCUCGUCGCCCUCGUCGGCCUCGGCUGCGCGAGCCAGCGUCGCGCGCGCUGUCGCGCUCGCGCUCGUGCCCCUGACUCGGCGCCACCCGUCGGCAUCAGCAUCAACCACCUGUCGUACUUUGUCCCCGUGCGGCACAGCGCCUUCUCGCUCAAGAGCGCGUCGCGCGACGACCGCCAGGUCCUGUCGGACGUGUCGGCCACGGUCGUCGGCGGCUCGUUCUGCGCCAUCCUCGGGCCGUCCGGCUCGGGCAAGACGUCGCUCGUCGACCUCGUCGCCGGCGUGCGCAAGACGGGCUACCGCACGGGCGCGGUCGACCUCGUCGUGUCGCCCCGAGCGCACGGACCGGCGUCGGGCGAGGAGGGCCUCGGCGCGACGGCCAGCGACGCCGAUCGCGUCAGGGUCGGCUAUGUCGACCAGAACGACGUCCUGUGCGAGACGAGCACGGUGCGCGAGGCCGUCAUGUUUGCCGCCGAGCUCAAGUUGGGCGAGAUCCCGCAAGAGCAGAAGCGGUGCCGCGUGUUCGAGGUCCUCAAGCAGCUCGGCCUGCUCGACAUCGCCGACAGCGAGAUCGGGAGCCCCGAGGCCGGCGGCCGGCGCGGCAUCAGCGGCGGCGAGCGCAGGCGGGUCAGCAUCGCGCUCGAGCUCGUCGCUCAACCCGCAGUGCUCAUCCUCGACGAGCCGACCUCGGGUGCGUCUCUGCGCCUCGACUCGACGUCGGCGCUGCGCAUCCUGCGCGAGCUCAAGGCCCUCACGACACCGCCUGCACCGCAACGCCCGACGACGGUCCUCGUCACGCUCCACCAGCCGUCGUCGCAGCUCUGGCAUCUGUUCGACGACACGCUCGUCCUCGCCCAGGGCGGCGCGCAGCUUUACUUUGGCAAGGCGCACGACGUCUCGGCGUGGUGGGAGGCCAAGGGCCUGCGAUGCCCUGAAGGGUGGAACCCUGCCGACUUCCUCCUCGACCUCGCCACCUCACCGCCGCCCGACUUCCUCCCUCUACGCCCGACGCUCACGACGCGCAAGUCGUCCUACAUGCCCGUGAGCCCCGACGUCGCCGCCGAGUCGGCCCUCGUCGACUCGGCCGUCCUCGCGAUCCCGCCGCACCGCCGCCGCUCGUCGGCCACGACGGUGCUCACGCAGGUCGAGGUGCUCGCCAAGCGCGAGGCGAGGAACCUCGUGCGGGACCGGGGAGCUCUGGUCAUGCACCUCGUCGUGCUGCCUCUCGUCGCCCUGUUCGUCGGCGGCAUGUACUACAAGGUCGACCUGACGAUCGGCGGCUUCCAGUCGCGCAUCGGCGCCCUCUUCUUCUCGGGCUGCCUCGUCGCGUUCGCGUCCCUGUCGGCCCUGUCGCAGUUCGCCAAGGCGAGGCGCCUCUUCAUCCGCGAGCGCGCACGGGCCUGCUACCACCCGUUGGCGUGGCUCGCGGCCCAGUUCGUGUUCGACGUCGUGCCUUUGCGGCUCGUGCCGACGAUCCUCCUGAGCGUCAUCGUCUACUGGAUGGUCGGCCUCGCCGCGACGGCCGCCAACUUCUUCAAGUUUGUCCUCGUCCUCGUCCUGUUCGCGCUCGUCAGCACCGUCUGGAAUCAGCUCCUCGCGACCGUCAUCGACGACGUCGGGUCGGCCAUCCUCGUCUCGGCCGUCGUCGUCCUGUUCGAGAUGGCGUUCGCCGGCUUUUUUGUCAACCUGGGGUCGAUCCCGCCGGUCCUGCGGUGGCUCGAGUGGCUCGCGCCGCUCAAGUACACGCUCGAGGCGCUCGCCGUCAACGAGGUCAACGCGGGCCUCAUGAUCGAGGACUCGCUCGCCGGCGCCAAGGUGUCCAUCUCGGCGACCAUCAUCAUGGACACGCUGUUUGGGUUCCGGCCCGACGCGUACUACCGCGACGUGCUCGUCCUCGUCGGCUUCCUCCUCGGGUUUGCUCUCCUCCUCACCCUCUUUGUCCUCCUGCGCCUGCGCGAGUUGCGAUAGUCCCCUCCUCCCUCUGUAUCUAGUCCUCUCUCUCGGUUGUACCGUUCUUGUAGAUCGUCCCCUGUCGUCGCCGUGCAACUUGUCCUUCUUCCCUUU